AAUUAUUGGAGUGGAUUUUUAGGGCAUUUUCUCUCUAAAAUUGACUUUAAUGAAGCCAUUGGAGAGGCUAGUUCAUUUUUGACAUUUUCAGGUGGAGAUUUGGGUUCCCAACCAUUAAAAAAUAAAACACCCACUGGCAGUGGCACAGGUGUGUGUGAUUCCAAUUUUGGGCCUUACUAACCAUAUUAUGGCCCAAUUUCUGACUGAGGCGAUCGCCAUCAAUUAUUUCUCUUUCUCUGCUACCUCUUCCCUCCCUCUACUUCAAACUUCAAAAUUCAUGUUCCAAUGCAGAGACAAACUUUGGGCAAGACUACACCAGAGAGAGAUUUAUAUAUGUGUUUUCGGCUACGUACCAGUAUCAUUGCCUUUUUCCAUCAUCCACCUAAUAUGUGUCAUUAGCUUUGUUUCCAAAUUGAGUUUCAGUUCCUGAAUGAAGGAAAAGAAUUUGCUGUUGAGGUUGAUGAGAAGGCGGAGUCUUCCUCCCAGGCAGGCCUCUACCACUAAUCUCCAACUCCAACAUAAUAGUAAUAGUAAUAGUAAUAGUAAUAGUAAUAGUAAUGCUAACCCACAACGACAAUUACGGCAUUUGGUCUCUCUCUUACUCAAACACCCAUCGAACACUCAAGCAACCCAACAAGUCCACUCUCACUUCAUCACCUCUGGCUUACUACACCACCACUCUACCUCCCAUACCUUUCUCUUCAACACUUUGCUCCGCUGCUAUUCCCUCACCCAAUUCCCUCUACACGCUUUCCUUCUCUACAAGCACCUCCACUCUCUUAUUCUUUCCUUUGACAGCUUCACCUAUACUUUCCUUCUCCACAAUUUUGCCAACUUUGUGUCCACCCUCUCUGCAUUUCAACUCCAUGCUGUCAUUUUCAAAGUGGGUUUUCAAUCCCAUGUUUACGUACAAACUGCUCUGGUGCACGUGUAUGCUGUUUGUGGUUGUUUGGUUGAUGCCAUGCAUACGUUUGAUGAAAUGCCUGAGAGGAACAUUGUCACUUGGAAUGUCUUGAUCACCGGUUUGACGAAGUGGGGUCAGCUCCAAAUUGCUCGUUCUCUCUUUGAUCAGAUGCCAACUCGGACUGUUGUGUCCUGGACUGGUAUUAUUGAUGGCUAUACACGUAUGAAUCGGCCUAAUGAAGCUUUGGCUUUGUUUCAAAGAAUGGUGGUUAUUGACGGUUUAGAACCCACUGAAAUUACACUCCUGGCCAUUUUUCCGGCCAUUUCAAAUCUCGGGGCUCUAAAGUUAUGCCAAUCAUGUCAUGCUUAUGGAGAGAAAAAAGGAUUUAAUUCAUCUGAUAUACGUGUUACAAAUUCCCUCAUUGACUCAUAUGCAAAAUGUGGGUGCAUAAAAAGUGCAUCAAGAUUCUUUGAGGAGGUAUCUGCCCAGAGGAAAAAUUUGGUGUCCUGGACAUCUAUAAUCUCUGGUUUUGCAAUGCAUGGUUUAGGAAAAGAAGCAUUAGAUAGUUUUGAAAGGAUGGAGCAAGUUGGUCUGAGGCCAAAUCGGGUGACUUUUUUGAGUGUUUUAAAUGCUUGUAGUCAUGCAGGACUUGUUGAGGAGGGGCUCAUAUUUUUUAACAAGAUGGUAAAUGAGUGUAAACUUUUGCCAGAUAUCAAGCACUAUGGUUGUUUAAUAGAUAUGCUGGGGAGGGCAGGGAGGUUAGAAGAAGCAGAGAAGAUGGCAUUAGAAAUACCUCCUGAGAUUCUUAAUGUUGUGAUUUGGAGGACGCUUUUGGGUGCUUGUAGCUUUCAUGGUAAUGCUGAGAUGGGCGAGAGGGUAACCAUGAAGAUAUUGGAGAUGGAGAGGGCAUAUGGAGGGGAUUAUGUGCUCAUGUCCAACAUCUUUGCAGGUGUUGGAAAGUUUGGAGAUGCUGAGAGGUUAAGAAAAAUGAUGGAUGAGAGGAAUGUCUUAAAAGUUGCAGGCCACAGUUUGGUCUAACUGAAGGAAAAAAUGGGUGAUAAUGGUCCGUACAGAUUCUGCCUGUAGCUUUAAAGGUUGGGGGCAAUACAGAAGAAAUCAUAUGUGAGGAAUUUUCAGAAGAUGUACUAAAUGUUUAUAGCGUCCCAGAUUAGCAUUACACAGAAACCUAAAAGAUAUAUCAGGUAGUGAAUGAUGCUGGGAUGGCCCUCAUGGAAGUUUAAAGCUGACUCAAGCAGACAAAAUGAUUUGUUAUUUGAAAGGAUGCAUAAGAUCAUCACUAGGAACUUUGCUCAAGAGAGAAACUUCUUGAUCAAGCACAUGUGAUAAGGAGAUGGAUGAAUAUCUGCUAUCAAGAACUUGCCAAACUCCUUGAUCAGAUUUCUGACCCAUAGUCUAGGGUAAAACUGAUGGUCCCAAAGUAGGGUUGAUGAAGGUAAGUAAGGCUUUUUCAUUGACCUGCCAUUUUUAUAAUUUGGAUUGACUUCACUAGUGAGAAUUCUUGCACUACCUUGAAGAUAUUGACUACGACACUCAAGAAUAAUGAAGCCCAUCAUAGAAUAGGUAUCGAGAACAAUAGUGAUUUGGUGCUUCCACACAACAUAAUUGGUAUGAUCAAGCUUAACAGUCUUUCAUAUUUGCCAUGUUGUAGUGGUUGAUGAAAAGGAGGCCAUAUUUGGCUUUUAAUACGAUGAAAGGAAAUUGAUGAAAGAUCUAAUGAGAAACCAGUGGAUUUGAGAGAAUUCAAUGGAUGAAAAAGAAUAAGAAAAAUUGUAUUUUCAUCACUAA